UUUUUGACGAGGAGGGGCGUCAGUUGGAGUCGAGACUUGCAACCGAGCGGACGUGUUUUCUCUCGUCUUCUCUCCCGCCUGGCCCAGCGCUCGAGUGAAAUCGAAAUUGGAAAUUUCCUUAUCCAAAGUACGACUCGUGUGCGUGUGUGUUUGUGUUUGAGUUUCCAAAUAGCGCCAUCGAGUGUUGCCAAACCCACAUUGACAGAGACAACGGAUAUGCACCAAGUGUUGGACUCGUCUUCACCCGCAGCACCUCAUCAGCCGGCCAACGAAAGCGGCACCAUGUUGACCAACGGAUCCAGCCAAUACAUUCAGCCGGAUUAUCUUUCGCCUCUGCCCACCACGGUACAUUCUUUCUUGUCAAACCAGUCGCAAUUGAAUAACAAUUUUCAAAUGUCUCGAUUCGUGAAAAUGCAGUUGGAUUCAAAGAGGAGCCCGUUGGCGCUGUUGGCUCAAACUUGCAGUCAAAUCGGAGCCGAUCCGACGCCUUCCACCACAUCGACGGCAACUCUACCGUCGUCGUCGUCGUCCAUUUCAGUGACGAAAAGUGUCGACAAAACAUCGAAAAAAUCAACGUCGGAUUUGUACACCAACGAAAAGACGGCCAAUCGCAAGACGCCACCGCAGUCGAGCAAACAACAAUAUCUCGACCCUUACGGCCGUCACGAGUCCAAAGAGUCGGAAUCAAAGUCGGGAUUUAAAAGUCCGUCGACGACCAAAUCGUCCGCCUCGCCUUCCAUCAACAACAGUGCGACCCAACAAUCGCAGGACGGAAGCAAAUUGAUGGCCGAACAACGAAUCGCCCUGGACAUGGCCAUCCACCAACAACAACAACAACAGCAGCAGCAGCAGCAACAACAACAGCAAAAUCAAUUGUCCAAGGAUAUUCAACAAUCGAUGAUGGCCAACGCCUACCACCACAGACUUUCGCCCGUUUUCCCAUCUCCGCUGUCCGGUUUGUCGGUCGGCCAUCAUCCGCUGAGUGCGUACCAUCACCCGGGACUGGCCGGACUCGACGCCGCCACAGCAGCCGCUCUGGGAGCAUUCAGACACCCGGCCUAUUCGAGUGUGGCCCACCAUUUGGGAUACCCUCAUCACGUGCCCGUCUCGUUGGGUCUCAGCUUGGCCAGCUAUCAGCAAGCGUUGAGUGCCGUCUCUUACGGACAACGACUUCAACAACAACAACAACAGCACGGCAAUUCAACAAGCAAAACUGGCGAUUCGGCCAUUUGUCGCGAUCCUUAUUGCACGGGUUGCCCCAACAGCAGCCCGUCUGCCAACGCCAUGCCCGUCUCCUCCGCAUCGUCGUCAUCUUCCGCCUCGUCUUCGCCCAACAAUUCACCGACAACGACGACGACAGCCAGUACGAGCACCUCGUCAACGGGUUGCCCGGCCGGAUGCACCCAAUGCGAUCACGUGACGAGAACGACAUCAGCAGCAGCAGCAGCCAGCGCCGCUGGAUUAGGCCUUAUGAGUUCGACGGCGGCGCUGUCCUCCAGUGUGUCGAUGAGCACGUCGACACCGUCGACCAUCGUCACGUCGACAUCGGACGCCGCGUCCUUGUCGAGACCCUACGUGUGCAAUUGGAUCGCAUCCGAUCAUUAUUGCGGCAAGCGAUUCGCGUCGUCCGACGAGCUGCUGCAACACCUCCGCACGCACACCAGUCUGUCCGUGGCGUCGCAAUUGCCUCCAGCUGUCGCGCCUCCAGAGCCGUCGUUGAGUUCGUCGUCGUCGUCGUCCACCAGUUACUCUUCACCUCACCACCAUCACCACCACCAGCUGCUCAAUCCGUCGUUGCAUCCGCACAGCGCCCAUUUAUUGGCCGCUUCGGCUGCAGCUUUGCAUCGAACCUAUCCCACCCCGCCGCUCAGUCCGCUCUCCAUGGCCCGUUAUCAUCCGUACAGUAACAGCGGCGGAGGCGGCGGCGCCAACAAACAUUUGAGUUCGACGGGAGCGUUGCAACAACAUUCGCCACUCUCUGCGUCCGUCGUUGCGCCGUCAGCGCCUAUCGCCCCUCCGCCACCUCCGCACAAUCCGCUCCUGUCGCUGCACCAUCCGUACGCCGCUAGUUUAGCUGGACUGCCCGGCUAUUAUUCGACUCAUCCUUAUUCACUUUAUAGCCAACGGAUGCUGGCCGGUGCUGGAGUUUUACCUUGAAUUUUCGAUCGUUUUCAUUUUUUUUUUUUCACCUGGUGAUUUUCUUUCUCUUUUUGAUCGGGUUGUUUGCCGUUUGUCACCCAAUUUUCUUUAUCAUAUUUUUAGCGAGUUGUCCCUUUUUUCUUUUUUAAGAAAAUCUUUUCUUUUAAAAACACACAUUUUGUCGAUACAUUUGUAUAGUUUUUUUUUUCCUUUUCAUUUGGAUUUUGAAUCUUUUUGAAGGGAAAAGGGAGGACAUUCGUCCAACAAUGGUCGAUAUUUUCUUCCUUUUUUUUGGAGGGGGGGGGGAUUUCAAUCAAGUUUUUGGGUGUGUUUAAAAAAGAAAAACUAUGAAGAGAAAGCCGUGAAAAUGGGGAAAAUUUUGAUUUGUCUUGAUCAAAAACAAAAAAUUGCCGAUUGUAAAUGACACAAAACUGAAAAUGAAAUGAUACAAAUUAUGAAUAAAAAACAAAAAAUGUAAA